AUGGCUACUCCUCAUCCCCAUCCAGGUCCCGUUGGCCCUGAUACUCUGAUCACUGUCAAGGUCAUCAUUGAUGGGACCAAUCGAAGAUUCAAGCUCGCUCUUCGUGAUCUCGGAGCCAACGUGCUUCCACAGAAGCUCCGUUUUCUUCUUAGCAUCCCCGCGGAGCAUGAGGUCCGCUUCGAUCGAUUCUCCGAUUCCGCAGGCACCUACGUCACCCUCGAUAGCAACAACCCAGCCAUCUACAAACAGUUGUAUAGGGCUGCGAAAGCGAAGCUCAAGCUACGUUUGAGAGCUAUCGUUGAAGCACCUGUGAAAUCUCACAUCGAUGAAGACGCUGCCGAUACCCCCAAAGUGCUUGAAAUCAAGGAGGUCAUGAAGAACACUGUCACAGCCUCAGAGCCGAGGCAAACCUUCCUGGAGACCGUCCUGUCACAGCCUCUGGGUAGUGGCGUUGCACCAUCGAACAAGUCCGCCCAGAAGAGCUGCACAUAUUCACCAACCUGUGCCAUCCCAGGUGCAUUUGAUAUCAACAACAUGAGCUCCGAAGACCUGUCGUUUCUUCGCGGAGGACUCUCUCGCGAUCCCAACGUCUUCUCCUUCCCCACCCUCCCGUCGCUGAAUGACUUUCCGUCCACCUCCUACAGCAUCGACUGCAAUAGCUGUGGCAAGUCCGUGCCCAAUGAGCAUUACCAUUGCGGUAUCUGUGAGAACGGCGACUUUGAUCUCUGCAAGACAUGUGUUGAUGCCGGCGUCACCUGUGAUGGAGAAGAGCAUUGGCUUCUGAAGAGAACGAUUCGUAACGGAGUCGUAAUUCCAAGCAUCACCGAGACUCUGGCUCCGAAGAAGUCGGCCAAGACGACCACGCUCUCCUCCGACGAGGUCGUCACACCGGUCAGCCCUGACCAGGAAGAUGGUGAACGCACUUGCAACUCUUGCAUCUCCCAACUGCCAGCCCGGGAGUUUGUUACUUGCCGAACCUGUCCCGACUUUGAUCUUUGCUUCACCUGCUUCCAGGAUGGUGAACAUGGUCAUGAUCCAUCCCAUGGAUUCGAACCCCAAGGAACCGUUGACGACAUGGUAGAUCCAGCAAUCAAGGUGCUUUGUGCUCCGGGUCGCGGUAUUCGCCAUGACGCUAUCUGCGAUGGCUGCGAUAUGGCAAUCCGACACAAGUGUUUGACCUGCCCAGAUUUUGAUUAUUGCUGCACCUGCGUGGAGACUGCCGGGGAGAAGCACCCUGGUCAUCGGUUCGCGCCCAUCUACACACCGCUUCAGAUUCUUCGGACUCCCAAGCAAUAUCAUCGUGGUAUCUACUGUGAUGGUCCCUUGUGCACCGACCACAUGGCUUACAUCACUGGCGAUCGUUACAAGUGCGCCGUAUGCCAUGACACUGAUUUUUGUGCCAAAUGUGAAGCAUUGCCCAACAACGGACACAACGCAACUCACCCGUUGAUCAAGAUCAAAGUCCCGAUCCGCCACAUAUCCAUCACUACUCAGCACGAGUCAGAAGACGGCCAGAAGGUUUCGGAGGUGGGAGACCGGUCAACAGCGAAGCACGCUGCUACCGAGACCACCCGCUCCACGUCUGCCAACGCGGCUACGCAAGUUCAAACUGUCGCAGAGGUUCAGCCAGCUGAAGAUCAAGCCUUUGUGGGUGAGCCUGGCACCGUCAACGACGUCAUGUCAGGCAAGCCAGUGGUGAAUGACCUCCAGGCUUGGUAUGUUUCUGACUCGACCCCUGAUGGGACUCGCGUUGCACCCAACCAUCUCGUCUCUCAGUCGUGGACGCUCCGCAACCCCGGGCCUCAGGCAUGGCCGGCCGGCUGUGCAGUCUACUAUAUCGGUGGAGAUGAUAUGCGUAACUUGGACCUCCAUCACCCUUCGAGUGUCUCUACGAUGACCGCCGCCAAUCGAAGCAAUUUCCUUGCCACCGCCCUUGAACCAGGCAAGACUGCUGUCUUCACCGUGCUUGUGAGAUCUCCACAUCGUGAGGGACGGGCCAUUUCUUACUGGCGCCUUAAGACUCCUGGAGGGCUUCCUUUUGGUCACAAGCUCUGGGUGGACAUCGAUGUCCGAUCGACUCCUGUGGAUUUGCCCAUCCGUUCGGCUCUGCUCCCCUCGGGCCCGGCCAGCGUUGUGGCGGACGAAGAGGCCAAGGAGGACGACAAGUCACCGGUUGGCUCCACCAUGAUUUUCCCCACACUGGACAAGGAAUCUCCCAUCUCAAGCGUUCACGACGUCAGCGCCGAACACGUCGAAGUGGCCCCAGUGGCAGUGAUGGAACCGACCACCAAGACUGAUGAACAAGAACUCCUCGAGGAUGUGGAAAGUCUGGAGUUGGAGGAAUCCGACAGUGAGGAGGAAGGGUUCUUGACUGACGAAGAAUAUGAUAUUCUAGAUGCAAGCGACGAGGAUUUCUUGAUCGAGGCACAUCAAGCAGUGAGCAAGUAA